CCUACACUGCUGUACACAAGCCUGUAUCGUCCGCAUAUGUGAGCAGGUGAUAGGAUUACAGUUCGUCAAUCAUACAUAAACUCAACCAGAUGAUAUAUUGGUACAGCUAUAUUUAAGUCAUGAGUAAGAAAGAAGGCGAAGCAUGCCUUCGGAAACGGAAACAAGUCUCUACACAGGCUCCAAAAAGUGAGGAUGGUGAUGAAGGUGCCAGCCCAUCUUCAGCUGUGUUGUCUGCGUUCAAAACUUUUCAGAUAGAGCUCGACACCAAACAUGAUAAAUAUGAGAGGCUGGUCAAAUUGAGUCGUGACAUCACCAUUGAAAGCAAGAGGACAAUUUUUCUUCUUCAUAGGGUGACAAGUGUUCCGGAUGCAGAGGAGGUGCUGGCCGAGGCUGAUCUGAAGCUGGAUGGAGUGAGACUGAAGAUCAGGCAGAUAGCUGAGGAGCUGAGAGGGGAGGAUCUCUACCAGUUCCAUAAGGCUUUUACUCCAGGGAUCCAGGAGUAUGUGGAAGCCGUGUCCUUCCAGCACUUCAUCAGGCACCGCUCUCUGAUCAGCCUGGAGGAGAUCAAUGCCAGGCUGGUGUUUCUGAAAGAAGACAAGGCAGAGACAAAGGACCCAUCAGAGCAGCAGCGGAUGAAGGUACUGACCUUCCAGGUGACGCCCACCGACUACCUGCUGGGUGUGGCUGACCUGACGGGUGAGCUGAUGCGCAUGUGCAUCAGCAGCGUGGGGAACGGCGACAUCGACACGCCCUUCCAGCUCAGCCAGUUCCUGCGGCAGAUCUACGACGGCUUCUCCUACAUCGGCAACACGGGGCCCUACGAGGUGUCCAAGAAGCUGCACACGCUCAAGCAGAGCCUGGGCAAGGUGGAGGACGCCUGCUACACCCUGCGCGUCAGGGGCUCCGAGAUCCCCAGGCACAUGCUGGCCGACGUCUUCUCCAGCAGGGCGGCGCUCAUCGACCCCGACGAAGGGGUGGCCUAAGACGUGCCGCUCGGCUGCGCUGCCUCUUACUGUUUUUUGUUGUUCAGGUUUUUUUUUCUGUAAAUGUUUUUUUUUUGCCUUCAAUGUUACUCUGAACUUUAAAGGGUUUGUAUUCCACGGCUCUGUUGCGCAUCCUUUGAGAGAGAAGGAGUGUGAAGCACAUGAUUUCUUUGAAAGAGGUUCGCCUCAGAACAUGCAGGACUCUGUGCCAAAUCAUUCUUGGCUCUUCAUCAGGUUGCUGGGGUGUUCAUUACCGACAGCUUCUGUGUGUUUUUGUUUGUUUCCUCUUUUUUUAAUGUACACGCCCUGGAUGCAUCAGAGCUGU